AUGGUUUCCAAGCGUUCAUCCAACAAACCCUCCAUCAAUAUCUCCGAUUGCGCACCUGAUUCGUACUUUGCCGCCUGGGGUGGCACUGGACACUUUUCUCCGGUGGACGAUGAGUUUCUCAAAAGCCCAGUGAAGCUGGCCAACGGAGUCGUCCGCUAUCCAAAAUUCAUGAUCACUACGCCCGCCCGCGAGCCCACUAAGUACGACGACAUGGAGUGCCGCGAGAUCAUGACGGAUACACUCAUCAAGAGGCUCCAAAUUCUUGUCACCGCCAUCGACGAGGACUUGAUGUUCGAGGAACAGAUCGACGGGCUACUAGCCGCUGGAUACUCUAUUGGACUACGCAAGAUUCGUCUCACAAAGAACGAUCCUAUCUACGAGACUCUCGCCAAUCCGAACCACAUCCUCCCUCUUUCACUUCGCGUCCAAGAUCUCAUUCGCCACGUCAUGCGCAUCGACAACGUCCUCACCGCGAUGAAGAAGGAGGGCACUCGUCCCGACGACCAAGUCUUUCGAAUCGCCCGAUCGCUGUACUGCGAGCGCUGGGGUGAAGCUCAGACCUUGCUUGCCGAACAGCUUCCAAAGGAGCAUGCCAUGGGCCGGGCAGCACAGGCGAUGAACAACGCCAUCAAGCAGAAAUUCGAAGAUGGAUAUCAGAGCUCUUCUGCAGGUGAUGUAGAUGGAGAGUGCGAAACGGACAGCGACCCGGAUAUCUCCAUGGAAGACGCGCCUGUCUUCUAUUGA